AUGAGGGUAUUUAUCUUUUCACAGUCAGAGGCAACCCAAGAGAAGGGGAAGGAGAUGGAAGAGAAAGAAGGACCUGGAAUUGGCAAGAGAUCAAGGAAAGGCCCCCAUCCAAUCCCAACAGGGAGUGGUGUUGAAUUCUGGGAAAGAGCUGUGCCAGAGGUCCUGGAUCAAGACACUACGAACUCUGAUGUACACAGGCAACGCUUUCGGCAGUUCCGUUACCAUGAGGCCAAUGGAAUCCGAGAACUUUGCAGCCAGCUCCAUGGACUUUGCAACCACUGGCUGAAGCCAGAGAUGCACACCAAGAAGCAGAUGCUGGACCUGGUGAUCCUGGAGCAGUUCCUGACCAUCCUGCCCCAGGAAAUGCAGAACUGGAUCAGAGGAUGCAGGCCAGAGACCAGUUCCCAGGCAGUGGCUCUGGCUGAAGGUUUCCUCCUGAACCAGGAAGAGGAGAAAAGGCAGACAGAGGAGCUAUUUCAGACAUGGGGACCAUUUGUAAAGAUGGAAGUUAAGUUAUCUGAGGCAGAAGGAGCUCCUUCAGAGGACUGGCAGAGGAUGCAGGCCCGGGAGUGUGCCCAAGAUGCGCUCUCGCAUGAGGGCAGCGGGGAGACGUUGUUGACCCAUCGUCUUUGCAGCAGUAUGGAAACAGCUGCUGCGCCUCCAGCCCAGUGUCCGUUUUCCUUUGGGGAGGUGGCUGUGUCUUUCACUGAGGCAGAGUGGGCCCUGCUGGAUCCUGACCAGAGAGCUCUGUACUGGGAGAUCAUGCUGGAGAACCAUAGGAGUGUGUCCUUUCUGGCAGAAGAUAUGGAAAAGACUGUUGGGGACUUCCAGAGGUUCUCACUGGAAAGAGAUAAGGAACAGAAGGCUGGCUGUAACUUCAGGGUUCAUGAUGAACCAGAGAGGCAGGAGGGAAGCCAUGCAGAACAGAUCAGGGACAAACCCAUUCCAUGCCAAGGAUGGGAUUUCCAUGGAGUAAUUCAUAUGGUGGAGGAAACAUACAAAGGAUUGGACUACACAUUGAAUUUCUUAGAUCAAACUCAAUAUGAUAUUGAUUUGCGAAAGCACCCUGAAAAGAAGUUCCACAAUUGCUUCCAGUGUGGAAAGAGCUUCCUUUGUGGAGAAGAACUCAUUAGACACCAAAGAAUCCAUAUAGGAGAGCAGCUGUAUUGCUGCUCAGACUGUGGCAAGAGGUUCCCGGAGAAAUCAAACCUUAUUCAACACCAGAUGGAGAGUUCGCAUCAUUCAGAAGAGAAGAUAUUUAUCUGCGUAGAAAGUGGAAAGCAUUUCUCUGAUGGGAAGGCACAUAUAUGUUUUCCUUGUGGAAAAUAUUUCAAGUGCAGAUCACAGCUUCUUGUGCACCAAACAACCCACACAGAGGAGAAACCUUUUAAGUGCUCAGAGUGUGGCAAGAGAUUCAGUCAAAGUGGCAAUCUUCAACUGCAUCAAAGAACUCACACAGGGGAAAAACCUUUUGGAUGCUCAGAAUGUGGAAAGAAAUUCAGUCAGAGUGGCAAUCUUCAGAGGCAUCUAAGAACUCACAUAGAGGGAAAACCUUUUGAGUGUUCGGAGUGUGGAAAGAGCUUCAAAUGGAGAGGCCACCUUCAACGACAUCAGAGAACCCACGCAAGAGAGAAACGUCUUGUAUCUUCAGAGUAUGGAAGAGUUUCAACUGGAGUGGUGAUUUUCAAGAACAUGAAAGAAUCCACACAGGGGAAAAAUCUUUUGAAUGCUCAGAGCGCAGAAAGAAAUACAGUUAGAAUGAUGUGUGGAAAGAAAUUCAGUCAGAGUGACAAUCUUCAACUGCAUCAACGAAGCCACUUAGGGCAGAAACCUUUCGAGUGCUCGGUGUGCGGAAAGCAAUUUAGUCAGAAUGGCAAUCUACAAAGGCAUCUAAGAACCCACAUAGGGGAGAAACCUUUUGGAUGCUCAGAGUGUGGAAAGUGCUUUAGCUGUAGAGGCCAUCUUCAAGAUCAUCAAAGAAUCCACACAGGGGAGAAACCUUUUGAAUGCUCUGAAUGUGGAAAGAAAUUUAGUUGGCGUGUCAAUCUUCAGCGGCAUCAAAGAAUUCACACAGGGGAGAAACCUUUUGAAUGCUCAGAGUGUGGAAAGAAAUUCAGUUGGAGCGUCAAUCUUCAACAGCACCAAAGAAUCCACACAGGGGAGAAACCUUUUGAAUGCUCAGAGUGUGGAAAGAGAUUCACUCAGAAAUCCAACCUUCAACAACAUCAAAGAACCCACAAGAGGGGAAACGAUGUAGUUUCUCAGAUUGUAAGAACACCUAACGAUGUAGCUUCUCAGACUGUAAUAAGGCCCGUAUUACACACUGUAAUUACAACCACAGAUACAGAACUGAAGCCAUAAAACUCUUGGAAAGAGAAUGUGUGUGCUCAGAAUUGUACUGUAACCAUACAAAAUUAAAACUGUGGAGAAAUAGUAUAAAUGCUCAGAUUGUGCAAAUUGUUUCUGUCAUGUAUGAAGCCUCAGGUAGUUCUCAUGUGGAAGACAGCAAGGAUGUGUUCUGAGGCUGACAGUGUGGCAGAAUUUGGAUUGAAUCACAAAUUUUCUUAGUGAUUCUUCAUUUUUUUCAUGUAGUUGUGAACUUGUAUCAGAUUAGUCAGAUGAUCAAAUGUGAUUGCAUAAGGUUUCUGUUUCUCUUGGACAGUUAAUAAAGGCAGUUGCUGAAAUAUUAGAUUUAUUGCCUUCUAUUUAAAAGUUAUGUUUGGCAUUCUAAUCUUGCUUGGAAAGAUAAUAUGUAUCAGAUGUAAUUUUAGGCACACCUGCUUGGAUAUUUCACUAGUAGUUAAUACUAAACAUUUAUUUAGAUAAUGAUCACAUGUUGAAGUUAGAAAGGCUUAGCAAAACAUGAGUGUUGUUUUUCCUGUAUAAAUGUAUUGAUGUGAUAAACAAAUAAGAUUUCUUUGAACAGUUUUCUGUUUCUGUGGCCGUUUCCGCACGGCCAUGCUCGGGGGGUGCAUUG